UAGCGCUGACUCACCCCCCUAUAUGAACUUAAGAAUAUAUAUUAGCUCAUUUCACCAUCUCUUUCAAGUUGACCUCUGAAUAUAAAGAAACAAAAACAUAGUUGAAAGUUAGAUACAAAAUGGCCAACUUUUUCUUCCUGGUAUUAUUCACUGCUUUAAUAUCCUUAACUCACAUCUCAGCACAGAGAACUGCACCAUCAGCUCAAGAAUUCUUGGAUGCACAUAACAAGGCAAGAGCUGAAGUGGGGGUUGGUCCUCUCACAUGGAGUCCAACGUUAGCUAAAGAAACUAGCCUUCUUGUUCGUUACCAAAGGGACAAACAAAAUUGCAGUUUUGCAAAUUUAACCAGUGGGAAAUAUGGUGGUAAUCAAUUUUGGGCUAGUGGUAUGAACGUGACACCACGUAUGGCUGUGGAUAAUUGGGUUGCUGAGAAGAAAUUCUACAACUAUGCUAAUAAUUCAUGUGUAGGGAGUGAUAAGUGUGGUGUUUACACGCAGGUUGUUUGGAAGAAAUCGAUGGAAUUGGGUUGUGGUCAAGCUACUUGUUCUAAAGAAGCUGCUACUCUUACUAUAUGCUUCUAUAAUCCUCCUGGAAAUGUAAUAGGAGAGAAACCUUAUUGAUCUGUAAUUAAUUUACAUGAUCUGUAAUGUAAUAACUUCUGUGUAUUCAAGUUUGUAGCUUUCAUUUACAAUAAGAAGUCACUCUGUUCAUUUGCUGGUA